AUUUCCCAUACCAGCGUUGCCUACACCUCUAUCUAUUCAUCUUACUAGAGCUAGCUUUACGUUCCUUGCCAUAGGGCAUUCUUCUUACAGAAAGUAAGAUCUCAUAAAGCUCUGAUAACUCUCUUUCCAGGUUUCCAUUUUCUUUGUUCUGCAACUUUCUUUUUAACUUUUCCACAAAAAAAAAGCUAGUUACUAAGUUUCCAAUGGCUUCCACUAGCUCCGAAACACCUUCUUUAUCAUUGUCAUCAUCUUCUUCUUCAAUUCCUGGUUCAAACUACGAUGUUUUUCUCAGUUUUCGGGGUGAGGACACCCGCCAUAGCUUUACAGACCAUUUAUAUGUGGCAUUUAGAUCGAAAGGCAUUGAAGCCUUUAGAGACAGUGAAAAACUCCAACUAGGACAAGAAAUUGGUUCUGAGCUCAUACAAGCAAUAGAAAAAUCCCAGUAUGCAAUCGUUGUUUUCUCAGAAAAAUAUGCCGAUUCUAGGUGGUGCUUGGAUGAACUUGCCAAAAUUGUUGAAUGCAGAAAAAAUAAGGGACUUAAAGUGGUGCCCGUCUUUUACCGUGUAGAUCCCUCCAACGUGCGGAAGCAGACUGGGCCGUUUGGAAAAGCCUUUGCCGAACAUAAUAAAGAUGACAGAAUCGACGGAAAGAAGAUCCAGAAAUGGAAGGAUGCUCUGACAGAAGUGGGGAAUUUAUCUGGCGAGCAUAUUAUUUUACAUCAAAGCUCUGAGGCAAAAGUUAUCCAAAACAUUGUGCAGUGGGUAUCAAAUAACUUGAGUUAUAAAAUCGAAACUAAUGAACUAGUUGGAAUAAGUUCCCGAACUGAGGAUUUGAAGUUACAUUUAGCUUUAGAGUCAAAUGAUGUUCGCUUUAUAGGAAUUUGGGGGAUGGGAGGAAUGGGUAAAACAACUCUAGCAAAAUUUGUUUAUUACAAGUUUUCUGAUCAAUUUGAAGCUAGUAGUUUUAUUCAUGAUGUUAGGACGAAAUCUGAAAAUGGUUUACAUGGGUUACAAAGAACACUACUGAAAAAGCUUUUGGGCGUAGAUAUGGAUAUAGAAGAUGCUGAUUGGGGAGUUUGCAUCAUAAAGAAAAGGUUGCAUUGCAAAAAGAUUCUUCUUAUUCUUGAUGAUGUAAAUGAUUUAAAGCAAUUGGAGAAGUUAGCUGGGGGACAUAAUUGGUUUGGUCCAGGUAGUAGGAUUAUCAUAACAACAAGAAAUAAGAGCUUGCUUGAGGCACGUGGUGUAAAGGAAAUAUAUGAGUUUAAAGAAUUGAAUGAUGGCGAAGCUCUUGAACUUUUUAGUUUGAAAGCUUUUGGGAAAGGCCAUCCUGAUGUUGAUUAUAUGGAGCUGUCCCAAGAUUUUGUAAGGUAUUCUCAAGGCCUUCCUUUAGCCCUUGAGCUUUUGGGUAGCCCUUUGUUUAAAAAAAAUAAAGGUUUCUGGAAAUGUUUUUUAGACAGAGUAAAAAAAUCUCCAGAAAGUGGUAUUAACAAAGUACUUAAAAUUAGUUAUGAGGAACUAGAGCCAUUGGAAAAAGAAAUUUUCCUCAAUAUUUCAUGUUUUUUUUGUGGCAAUGAUCAAGAUUGUGUCUUUAAAAUAUUAGAUUAUCUUGAACUUGUCCCUGCAUAUGGAUUAGAGGUUCUUAAAGGUAAAGCUCUCAUCAAAUUGCAAGACAAUCAAUUAUGGAUGCAUGAUUUACUCAAAGAAAUGGGUCGGAAUAUAGUUUUUCAAGAGUCUGACAUUCCUUUGAGGCGUAGUAGAUUGUGGUUGUAUACAGACAUUGAAGAAGCGCUAGGAAGAAAUGAGGAAACAGAAGAAAUUAAAGGCAUAGUCCUACAGUUAUUCAACCCAAAAGUGGCACAUUGGAAUCUUGAAUCCUUUUCAAAGAUGCAUUGUUUGAAAACCCUCAUAAUUGAUAAUGUCGACCUCAAGAAUGAUCUCAAAUAUCUUCCUAGCGGCUUAAGAUUUCUUGAUUGGAGUGGGUACCCUUCAAAAUUGUUUCCAUCAAGUUUCAGAGCCAAGUCUUUUGAAAGGUUGAAAGCCAUCCAAUUGAACAAGUCUCCGAAACUUAUUAAAACCCCUGACUUCACUGAUUUCCCUGUUCUUGAGGAAUUGGAACUUAAGGAUUGUAUAAAUUUACUUGCCUUGCACCCAUCAAUUGGUGUUCAUAAAAAGCUCAUUCUUCUUAAUCUAAAAGGUUGCAAAAACCUCAAAAGCCUUCCAAGAAUGCUUGAAAUGGAGUCUCUUGAGAUUCUUAUUCUUUCUGAAUGCUCAAAAGUAAAAAGUAUUCCAGAAUUUGGGGAAAAUAUGAAAAGUGCAUCAGAGUUUUACUUAGAUGGCACUGCUAUUACAAAAUUGCCCACAUCAAUUGGGAAUUUGACGGGUCUUGUUUUAUUGAAUGUAAAAGAUUGCAAAAACCUCAUGACUCUUCCUAGCACCUUUUUAAAUCUCAAUUCUCUUGAAAAACUGAAUUUUUCUGGAUGCUCAAAACUACUAAAGAUCUUGGGGGCUACUGAAAGUUUAGAGGGGUUUUAUGAGACUGGGAUGGUUAAAAAACUAUUUAACCGUGGAGUUAAGCAACUAUUUAACCGUGGAGUUAAGCGAAAACGUACCAAUCCCUUGGAUUUGUCAAUUACUUCUCUAUCCAGUUUGUGUUCUUUGAGCAAAUUGGAGACAUUGGAUUCAAGUUAUUGCAAUCUCAAUGCAAUCCCCAAUGCUAUUGGUUGCUUCUCCACUUUAAAAUUUUUAAUUCUAAGCGGAAAUAAUUUUGGUUCCUUCAUGCAAGGAAGUCCCGAUCCCUUAGAGAUGUUAUUGACUUCUCUAUCGGAGGGUUCGUGUUCUUUGAACAAAUUGGAUCUAAGUUAUUGCAAUCUCAAUGGUUUAUCCGAUAGAAUUGGUUGCCUUCCCAGUCUAAAAGAAUUAAUUCUAAGUGGAAAUAAGUUUGGUUACCUCCCGGAAAGCAUCGCUCAACUAAUUAAUCUGUUAUCUUUGCACCUGAAAGAUUGCCCGAGUCUCCGAUCAUUACCAAUGCUUCCUCAGAUGGAGAGCAUGCCUUCACUAUUUUCAGUUCUAGAGAGUUCUGGUAUUUUUAAACCAGAUUGUCCUGAUAUUUUGGGAGUUGGAGAUUAUACGUCAAUUGUCCAUAUGAUGAAAGAAUCUUGGAUGGCACUUACAAUCCACAAGUGCUUCUUUGCAAGUAUAUACAGGCGCAGCCUCAGUGCUCAAGACGUACGCCACACAAAUGCUUUUGGAAGUGAAAUUCCGGAGUGGUUUGAGCUUCAAAAUAUAGGGGCUGAAAUUAAUAUUAAAGUACCUUCUCAUUUGUGCGAUGAGUUGGCGGGAAUUGCUAGUUGCGGAUUUAUCAGAUCAUCUUUCCUAACCCAUUUUCCGGGCAUAUGUAAAAGAUAUGUUGGGAAUGGAUUCACUAAGUUUGGCAUUAGAUAUCGAGCCCAUGGUUCAGGCAUGGAGGUGAAGGAAUGCGGAAUUCAUUUGUUGUACCAGAAAGAUGUUGAAAGUUUCCAAGAAAAUCGCAAUCGAAUUAAGGCCGAGAGAAAGAAGAAAGCCAUUGAAGAAACCCGGGCUGAGAGAUAUGAGAGAAGAAAGGAACAGAGGGAAAAAGACAUUGCUGAAAUCAAACGACUUAGGGCUGAGAGUCAGAGAAGCAACAACAGCAUCAUUCUUUAUGAGGGCUCGGAUGAUUGUGAUGGGGCUGGACCUAGUGGAGAGGGAAGCUCUAAUGAUGUACCACACCCAAAGCAGAUUGAAAGGCUCCCAGAAUUGGCCCAUGGUGACUCUGAUUCUGAGGGAUCACUUGAGUACUUCGACUGGGGUGCAUCUAGCGAGAGUGACCUUGAAGAAAGCCCGGCUGAGAGAACUGAGAGAGAAGAUAAAGAGUGGGAAGAAGACAUUGCUGAAAUCAAACGGCUUAUGGCUAAGAGACAGAAGCAACAACAGCAUCAUUCCUUAUGA